AUGAGCACCAAGCACAAUCGCAAGCAGAGGGGGAGUAUGGGAUGCCUCAGCAGCCCCCGGCUCCCCAGACAUCGCAUGGCCCGGUUUAUCAGGAGACGAGCUCUGGGACCCCACAACAGUGGGUCCUCCAGCCUCUGGACAGAUCUGAGCUCCAGGCCAGCUGGCUUUCUGAGGCGGAGCCAGAAGCAGCAGCAGAACUGGAUCGCAGCUUCCUGCCAGGACCCGAGUGUGCCUCCCAUUCCUGAUGAAGUGGUGGUCAGGCAGAGAGCCCCACGGGAGUCCUGGAAGGUUGGCAAUGUCCGCCAUGGAAAGAAGGUCUACGCCAUUGCCAUCAGCGGCUCGACUCACCACGUGUACACGUGUGGGCAUGGCUACAUUAAGGUGUGGGACGAGAGCGCUCUGCAUGCCUGCAACAAGGCCCCACAGGCCCAGCUGGACUUCCAGGACCAUCAGAGCCGUGUCCUCGCCUGCAAGCUGCUGCCUGAUGAGCAGAGCCUGAUCACUGGGGGUCUGUCCCGGAACCUGACUCUUUGGGAUCUGGCACCCACGCCUCGCGUCAGGGCACAGCUGGCCUCCACAGGCCCCAUGUGCUAUUCCCUGGCUCUCUCCUCCAAUGCCCAGAUCUGCUUGGCUUGUUUCAAAGGAUUUGUUGAGAUUUGGGACUUGCAGAACCAAAUCUUGAUCAGGAAGCACGAAGUCCCUGAAUAUGGAUCCCGAUGCGUGGACAUCGCAGGCAAUAAGUUCUGGACAGGAGGUGAAGACGCCAGCCUGUAUUCCUGGGAUCUGAGGAACUACCAGAGGGUGCAGGAGCACCAUUUCCGGCAUGAGAUCCUCAGCAUUACCCAUGACCCCAGUGAAGAGUGGGUGCUAGUAGGCUUGAGAAACAGUGACAUCAUAAUCCUACACACGCACCGGAGGGAGAAGUUGAAGAUUUUCUUUAACAAAUACAUCCACCGCCACAACCUCAAGUUUUCCUCCUGUGGGAGCUAUUUUGUGACCACGCUGGAUGAAUCGAUCCAUUGCUUAGCCGCACCUUCUCUACAAAGGUUGUUUCAGGCAGAGGAGUCUACAGAUAUCCUGUGUUGUGAUGUGUCCUCUGACAACCAGUAUCUGGUCACAGGCUCCAAGAACAGUGCCACCGUUUACCAGCUCUUGUAUUGA